AUGUUGGUGGUGUCCCCCGCCGGUGUCGGGGGGAUGCUGGGGCUGCGGCUGUGGCGGCGGGCGGCGGCCGUGACGGCGGUCCGGCUGCCGGGGGGCCCGGACCCGCGGGCGGGGCGGCGGCGGCGGCGGCCGGGACCGGGGCCGGACGUGUGGGUCCCGGUGUCGGCCGCGGUGGCCGCCCUGGGCGCGCACUGCUCCGGACGGGACCAGCCCCACAACGGGACUGCCCUGCUGGAGGCCGCCCGGACCAACAACGUUCAGGAAGUCAGUAGGCUGCUGUCGGAAGGCACAGAUGUCAACGUGCGGCACAAACUCGGCUGGACGCCACUCAUGGUGGCCGCCAUCAGCAGGAACCACAGCGUCAUCAAGGUUCUGCUGGCAGCCGGCGCUGACCCGAACCUAGGCGAUGAGUUCAGCAGUGUCUACAAGACCGCCAAGGAGCAGGGCAUCCAUUCCCUGGAAGUCCUAGUGACCCGGGAAGACGACUUCAACAACCGCCUGAACAACCGGGCCAGCUUCAGGGGCUGCACGGCUCUGCACUACGCCGUCCUCGCCGAUGACUACCGGACCGUCAGGGAGCUACUGGAGGGAGGCGCCAACCCCCUACAGCGGAACGAGAUGGGACACACACCGCUGGACUAUGCCCGAGAGGGGGAGGUCAUGAAGCUCCUGAAGGCCUCUGAGACCAAGUUCCAGGAGGAACAGCACAAGCGCGAAGCCGAGGAACGGCGCCGGUUCCCCCUGGAGCAGCGGCUGAAAGAGCACAUCAUCGGCCAGGAGAGCGCCAUAGCAACCGUGGGAGCAGCCAUUCGGAGGAAGGAGAACGGCUGGUACGAUGAGGAGCACCCGCUGGUCUUUCUUUUCCUGGGCUCAUCUGGAAUAGGCAAAACAGAGCUGGCCAAGCAGGCAGCCAAGUACAUGCACAAGGAUGGCAAAAAGGGCUUCAUCCGACUGGACAUGUCCGAGUUCCAGGAAAGGCACGAGGUGGCCAAGUUCAUCGGCUCCCCCCCGGGCUACAUCGGCCACGAUGAAGGCGGCCAGCUGACCAAGAAGCUGAAGCAGUGCCCCAACGCCGUGGUGCUCUUCGAUGAGGUGGACAAAGCCCACCCUGACGUCCUCACCAUCAUGCUGCAGCUGUUUGAUGAGGGCAGGUUGACCGAUGGGAAGGGGAAGACCAUCGACUGCAAGGAUGCCAUCUUCAUCAUGACGUCCAACGUGGCCAGCGACGAGAUCGCUCAGCACGCCCUGCAGCUCCGGCAGGAAGCUCUGGAGCUGAGCCGCAACAGGAUUGCCGAGAACCUAGGAGAUGUCCAGAACAGCGACAAAAUCACCAUCUCAAAGAAUUUCAAGGAGACAGUGAUCCGCCCAAUCCUGAAGGCUCAUUUCCGACGGGACGAGUUUCUGGGCAGGAUCAAUGAAAUUGUCUACUUCCUGCCCUUCUGCCACUCAGAGCUCAUCCAGCUGGUCAACAAGGAGCUCAACUUCUGGGCCAAGAGGGCCAAGCAGAGACACAACAUCACACUGCUGUGGGACCGGGAGGUGGCGGACGUUUUGGUGGAUGGCUACAAUGUGCACUACGGAGCCCGCUCCAUCAAACAUGAGGUGGAGCGGCGCGUGGUGAACCAGUUGGCGGCCGCCUACGAGCAAGACCUGCUGCCGGGAGGCUGCACGCUGCGCAUCACCGUCGAGGACUCAGACAAGCAGCUCCUCAAGGCCCAGGACCAGCCCGCCCCCUCGCAAGAGAGGAAGACCCCCACGCUGCGGCUGGAGAUCGUCGACAAGAACAGCAAGGGCCGCAAACUGGACAUCCGGGGGCCCCUGCCCACCCCCGACAGGGUGUCCUUCUCCACCCUGUAGGGCCAGGCACGGGGUGGGCCACGCCAUGCCACCCCCACCCCCAGCCGGCCGGUCAGUGCCAGGUAGCACAUAAUAAACACUGAGCAUCCACGCAGA